UUAAGAUGAUUCCCAGUUUUCCUCAUCGAAUAUCCUCCAUAAACUAAUUGGGAUUCCCAUAUUCGUUAACCAACAUUCCCCAAUAAAAAAAACAUCCACCUUUUCUACUUGCUUACAAGUCACCACCAAUCCCAAUGCCAAAAGUUUCAUUCUUUAUAAACCCAUCUUUCACCCCUGCAUCUACAUCUUGCUUCUGCUUCAAGAUUUGAGUGUUUUUGUGGUUUUAGAACAAUACCCACCUGCUAUAAACCAUAAAGAUUCAAUCUUUUUAAGUUUUAGAAUGACAAUUGAGGAGAUCAAAGAACAUGAAGAAGAGGGUCCUCCUCCUCAGGUUGAAUCUGAGAUCACUAACAAACCUAGAAGAAUUGCUCUCUUUGUUGAGCCUUCUCCCUUUGCGUAUGUGUCUGGAUACAAGAACCGGUUCCAGAACUUCAUUAAAUAUUUGCGCGAGAUGGGCGAUGAGGUGAUGGUCGUAACGACACAUGAAGGGGUGCCAGAAGAAUUUCAUGGAGCAAAAUUGGUUGGCUCACGAAGCUUUCCGUUCCCAUGGUACCAACAAGUGCCACUUUCUCUUGCCUUAAGUCCUAGGAUCAUCAACGAAGUUAAACAGUUCAAACCGGACAUCAUCCACGCAUCGUCUCCUGGUAUCAUGGUUUUUGGAGCGCUUACGAUUGCAAAAAUGCUGUCGGUCCCCAUCGUGAUGUCUUAUCAUACACAUGUGCCUGUAUACAUACCAAGAUAUACAUAUAGCUGGUUGGUCCAGCCAAUGUGGUUAGUUAUAAAGUUUCUUCACCAAGCUGCUGAUCUUACAUUGGUACCAUCAGCUGCUAUUGCCAAGGAUCUUCAACAAUACAAAGUUGCAGCAUCUAACACAAUUCGUCUGUGGAAUAAGGGUGUGGAUUCGGAUAGCUUUCAUCCGAAGUUUCACUCUCAUGAAAUGCGAAUUAGACUAUCAAAUGGUGAACCUGAUCGACCAUUGAUCGUACAUGUUGGGCGUAUUGGAGUCGAGAAAAAUUUGGAUUUCCUUAAAAGUGUCAUGGAGAGGAUCCCACAUGCAAGAAUUGCUUUUGUUGGAGAUGGUCCUUACAGGGAGGAUCUGGAAAAACUAUUUGAAGGAAUGCCAGCCGUAUUCACGGGUAUGCUACAAGGUGAAGAACUAUCUCAAGCGUACGCUAGCGGAGACAUAUUCUUAAUGCCUUCAGAAUCCGAAACACUCGGGCAGGUAGUCCUGGAAGCCAUGUCAUCAGGGCUGCCCGUGGUGGCAGCCCGGGCAGGUGGUGUACCCGAUAUUAUCCCAGCCGAUCAAGAGGACAAAACAGGGUUCCUCUUCACUCCUGGAGAUCUUGACGACUGCUUAAACAAACUAGUCCCGUUGUUACAGGACACAGAGUUACGCGAAAAGAUUGGGCAGGCUGCCCGAAUGGAAAUGGAGAAAUAUGAUUGGCGGGCAGCCACACGAGUGAUUAGAAACCAACAGUAUAACGCUGCGAUAUGGUUUUGGCGAAAGAAAAGAGAACAGUUGAUGAAGCCGUUGUUAUGGUUGGCAAAGUGUUUUCUUCCUACAGAUCAGCAUCCAAAGAUAACUGCUGGGUAGGUUUGUACAUUUGAAUUGUAAUGAUGUUGAUGGGUUUUUUUUUUUUUUUUGUGUAAAAGUAAGUGUGAUAUAUUGGUUUGGUUGUAGGAUAGAUAUUGGUGCAUUGUUUUUAGUAUUUUGAAACAGUGUCAUGUAUUUGUAAUAUUAUUUGGAUAUAAUAUUCAUAAUAUGUAUGUAUGUUUAUGAUA